CCGGGAGAGGGGGGCUGGAGGCGGCUGUGUGCGGGGGAUAAUACCGGGAUAUGUGCGGAUGUGUGAGAGGUCCGGAACAUGUAUAGAGGACGGACAGGCGCCUCCUGUGUUCCCUUCCUCAGCGAUGUCUGCUGUUUGCACCCAGCUUUUCCCCGCCCCUGAGCGGCAGAUACGGAUAGUUUACCUUACACAGGAAAGCUGAGUCCUAGUGAUAAACCCUAUCAUGUCCAGCUGCAAUUGAGCUUUAUGGGGGUCAGUAUGCCGGAUCCAGCGGGGCCUGUCAGCCGCCAGCACCGUCCUAUCACAAAGCGGCAUCCACACCACCGCCGCCCUGGAGAGACGCAGUUGGGAGAUGAAGAACAGACUCGUCUACCCCCCGCAGCUUCCUGAUGAGCCUCGACGGCCUGCUGAAAUUCACCAUUGCCGCAGACAGAUUAAGUACAGCAUGGACAAGAUGUGGUAUUUGGCCAAACUGAUCAAGGGAAUGUCUAUAGACCAGGCGAUUGCUCAGUUGGAAUUCAAUGACAAGAAAGGAGCAAAAAUUAUCAAAGAGGUUUUAUUAGAAGCUCAGGAAAUGGCAGUAAGAAACCACCAUGUGGAAUUCAAAUCUAAUCUUUACAUAGCCGACUCAUUUUCCGGUAAAGGCACCUACCUGAAACGCAUCCGUAUUCAUGGCCGGGGUGGGUUUGGCAUCAUGGAUAAGGUACACUGCCAUUACUUUGUCAAGCUGGUAGAGGGACCACCACCUCCAAAAGAACCACCCAUCACUGGAUUCCAGCAAGCAAAGGACUAUGUGCAGCAGUUGCGAAACCGCACCAUCAUCCACAGCUUGUGAGGCCGCCAUUCCACCGAGCACUAUGGACUCUAUGAGGAGCGAGUCAUGUACACCCCCCGGAAAAUUCACACGUGAAGAUCAAAUAUGUUUUGCAUAUUAAAGGAAUAAAAAGUGAGAUAU